AAUAUCAUAACCGCCUUCCUAGCGUCACUGCCCCUGUCUUCCCCUAACAGCCAGGGAGAAACCCAUACACAGCAGCUGCCCCGGAUCUCUCCGGCGCUUCCCGGUGCAUGCUUUACCGACUGCUGAGCUGUGCAACCCGGACAGCGACGGCCUCGGCUUUUUACCGCCUGCCUGCUCUCAUAAUGCAGCCGCUCGUUUACUUCGUUCUCGGGGGCCCUGGAGCCGGGAAAGGCACCCAGUGCGCCAAAAUCGUGGAGAAAUACGGCUACACCCACCUGUCAGCUGGAGACCUGUUGAGAGCGGAGCGGGGGAGGCCGGGCUCGGAGUUCGGAGAGCUCAUUGAGAACUACAUCCGGGACGGAAAGAUCGUGCCAGUGGAGAUCACAAUCAGCCUGCUGCAGAGGGCCAUGGAGGAGACGAUGAAGUUGAACGAGGAGAACAAGAAGUUCCUGAUCGAUGGCUUCCCCAGGAACGAGGACAACCUGCAGGGCUGGAACAGGACCAUGGACGGCAAGGCGGACGUGAAAUUCGUGCUCUUCUUCGACUGCUGCAACGAGGUGUGCAUCGACAGGUGCUUGGAGAGGGGGAAGAGCAGUGGCCGAAGUGAUGACAACAGAGAAAGUCUGUUAAAAAGGGUUGAGACGUAUGUUCAGUCCACCAAACCCAUUAUAGAGCUGUAUGAAAAGCAGGGCAAGGUCCGUACCAUCGACGCCUCCAAGACUGUGGAUAAAGUCUUUGCUGAUGUACAGAAAAUCUUUGACAAGGAAGGAUAAAGCCUGAAGGAGAGAACCAGCCUUUGAAAACUAUAAACCAAACUGAUGGAACAUUCUCUUUUUUUUCUUCUCUUUUUAUAUAUAAAUAUUUUAUUUUUACUUGAUGGAAUAAAUCUGUUUUUAAUGUUUUAUGGAGGUAACUGAGAUCUGUGAGAAACUGGACAAAAUAAAUAAAUGUAGCUUUGGGGCAGAGUAAGAAAUGUGCACGGGGUGAGGAAAGCCUUUCUACUGUUUGGGCUCACCCAGGGGCAGACUGCUCUGGAAACAUGUUGUACGCUGCAGACCGCACCAUGUUUAAUUGCACUGCCUGUUGGGGUUAAAGACUCCCUUGGCAGUGGCCUGACCAAAGGACCAAAUCGGCUACCUUCCACAGUCACUGCUCUUGUGCCAUAUAGGUGCUUAGCCUUUUUUAAUCAAAGUGAUCAAAUCGUUAACAGGCAGCUGUUGAUGGGUCUGGGGUUUGCACAGAUUGCCAUUUCUUCUAAUUGUAGUAGUCACAGUCUGACAAACGUAGGUUACUGCUGUGCACAGAAGUGGCAGCUGUUUACAUGAGGAGUUUGUCUUGAUUAGGGCUCUAUAACCUUGGGGUGUGUUCACUGCCUUUAAGCCAGAUUCCAGGUUGUAGUCCAUGCAUAACAAGCUUUCACUUUCUCUCAUUAAUAUUAUUACUGUAGUUAUAUACAUGUUUAAAUCAGGAUUUCACUUUGCAGUUGCAUUUGGUUUCUGUACCAGCUUUAUGCAGAUCUCAGAGAAAGAGGGCAGGAAUGAAUUGGGAGUCCUAUGGUAUCCUCGGACGUGGUGUGUAUUUUAUUUAUUGGAGUGUUUCUCUUGACGUAUCCUCUCGUUUCCAAGAGAGGCCUGUGAGAGAGCCUUGCCCAGGCAGCAAGAUGCAUCUGUACUGGACGUCUGCGCUGGCUGCAUGUCCUUUUAGAAUUAAGAACACAAAAUGAGUAUAGAACAGAUGAGAUGGUGCGUAUUGAGGGAAAUUCAUUUUCUGAAUUCUGAAAUUGUCAUGUAAAUUGCUUGGGAACUCCCAUAGGAAUGGUAUUAGGUUAGGAAUACAAUGGAUGCACUAUAGUGUCAUGGUAAACCAGAGUCUGAAUGAACUCCAGAUGGCUGGAAAGGCAUUUCAGUUUGGUGCACCAAUCCCCUUAGGUGGGAUAUAUAGGAAUUUCCUGGGUUAGAACGGCAUAGGAAUGGGUGAGCGGAGGUUUAUUGUGAAAUUAUCUCCUCUGCCGGCUGGAGAGCUUCAUUACAAAGUUACUUGGAUCUGUUGGAUCUCUGUUCAACAACCCAGCUUUGGCUAACGGUGGUGUAAGGGUUGUGGAAGAGGAAGUCUGAGUUUUGUUUACUAACCGUGAUAAACUGCAGUGACUCAGUCUGGUGCCGCACUUCAGUGGAUCUUCAAGCCUUUGGUAAUUAGACCAUUCUAGUUCACCUCCCCUUCUAUAGAUCCUCUUCACAUUUCGAUUGUUUCUAAAUGAAGUCCCUGCUCACCCUGACGCCCAGUCCUCUCCCCACAUCCGCAGCUCGUCGAGUCUCUGAAGCGGGACACUGGUUGUUCCGCAUCCUUAAACUGCCACCGCGUGUUCUCUGCUCGUGUUUGCUUGUAUUUCUGCUGCUUUGGUAAGGUACUGUUUGCUAUUAAAGACAAAUAUGCAUUUCUCAUACAAUCAUGGGGAGAAAGGACCAGUUUGUUUUUAACUUAAUGUGUUUUAGCCAAGAAAGUCUCAUUUUAAAACAAAUAAAGCCAUCUUGACUUUU